GAUGACGAAAUCAGCGGGCGACGGCGGCGGCCGCUGUAGCGGCCUUGCGGCAGGGUAGGGCUUCCGGGCCGUAGGCCUGACUCCCCAGAGCUGCUGUCAUGGCGGGUGCUCUGUGGGGUUUCUUUUCCAUCCUGCUUCUGUUAUUAUCAGGAGAUGCCCACAGCUCGGAGGUGCCUGGGGCUGCUGCCGAGGGCCCGGGAGGUAGUGGGGUCGGCCUGGGAGAUCGUUUUAAGAUCGAGGGACGUGCGGUUGUUCCGGGGGUGAAGCCUCAGGACUGGAUCUCCGCGGCCCGAGUGCUGGUAGACGGAGAAGAGCAUGUCGGCUUCCUUAAGACAGAUGGGAGCUUUGUGGUUCAUGAUAUUCCCUCUGGCUCUUAUGUAGUGGAAGUUAUUUCUCCAGCUUACAAGUUUGACCCUGUCCGAGUCGAUAUCACUUCAAAGGGAAAAAUGCGAGCAAGAUAUGUGAAUUACAUCAAAACGUCAGAAGUGGUCAGAUUACCGUAUCCUCUCCAAAUGAAAUCUUCAGGUCCACCUUCUUACUUUAUUAAGAGGGAAUCAUGGGGCUGGACAGACUUUCUGAUGAACCCAAUGGUUAUGAUGAUGGUUCUUCCAUUAUUGAUAUUUGUGCUUCUGCCUAAAGUGGUUAACACAAGUGAUCCUGACAUGAGACGGGAGAUGGAGCAGUCAAUGAACAUGUUGAAUUCCAACCAUGAAUUGCCUGAUGUCUCUGAGUUUAUGACAAGACUCUUUUCUUCAAAAUCCUCUGGCAAAUCUAGUAGUGGCAGCAGUAAAACAGGCAAAAGUGGAGCUGGCAAAAGGAGGUAGUCAGGCCCACAGCUGCCAUCGCACAAACUUGGCUCUACCAGGUGGCAUCCAAGUCUUGAUGGAAAAGCGUGUGAAGUGACUACUGUAAACCGAGUCAUCCUGAAGCUGAUCUCCUGCAACUGUUGUCUAUGUUAACUUCUUAACACAUGUUUUGUACUUGGUACACAAGAAAACCCAGCUUUCAUCCUUUGUAUGAGGUCAAUAUUAAUGUCACUGAAUUAAUUACAGUGUCCUAUAGAAAAUGACAUUAAUAAAUUAUAUGAAGUACUAUACAUUAUGUAUAUUAAAGAGGUCUUAAUCCAGAGAUAAAAUUA